AUGGCUUCAACACAAGUCGCGCCAGGCACGCCGGCUGCGCCUGUCAAGAUCUCGACCGCCGAGGGCUUCAUCACAGGUGCAUUGGCCGCCAUGACCGCCGUCACAGUGACAAAUCCGAUGGAGGUGUGUAAGACGCGCAUGCAGCUUCAGGGUGAGCUCAUGUCGGCUGCCCCGCGUGUACUCGGCGGCCAAACCGGCUCGGCAGCAUCGCAGCCAGGCACACAAGCCGGCGUCGGUGCGCGUCUGUACAAGUCUUCGCUCGACUGCUUCACAAAGACGCUCAAGUCGGAAGGUCUCAAAGGUGUACAAAGAGGCAUCGGUGCCGCCUAUGUCUACCAAGUGCUGCUCAACGGUAGCCGUCUGGGAUUCUACGAACCCUUCCGCAAAGCCAUCAACCGCGCAGCAGGAAAGCAAGCCGAAGAGCAGUGGGCAGCAGGUGCGUUUGCGGCAGGUGCGUCGAGUGGAUGUGUCGGGGCGAUUCUCGGUAAUCCGCUCUUCCUUGUCAAGGCGCGCAUCCAAGCCUACAGUCCGCACUUUGUGAUUGGCAAGGCGUCGCACAACUACAAGAGCACCAUCGAUGGUUUGGUCAAGAUUGUUCAGAGCGAAGGCGUGCGUGGCUUGGUACGCGGCAUGGACGCCGCCGUGCUGCGAACGGCCAUGGGAAGCACCGUGCAGCUCCCAGCGUAUACGUGGUUCAAGGGUUACCUCACCAACAUGGACGUCGACGCCAACGAGUACAACCCGCUCAAGUGGCUCGCCAACAAGCCCAACUCGUUUUUCACCUACUUUGCAUCGUCCAUCUUCAGCGGUCUGUGCGUAUGUGCAGUGAUGCAACCAGCCGAUACAGCGCUGACGAGAAUGUACAACCAGCCGGUACGAGUCGACGAGCGUGGACGCAGCGUAGGAACGCUCUACCGUAAUCCGUUUCACUGCCUCUACCUCACCGCCAAGGCCGAAGGUGUCAUGGGCUGGUACAAGGGCACCACGGCGCAUCUCUUCCGCAUCGCACCGCACACCGUAUUGACGUUGGUGGUCAACGAGGCAUACCUGCGAUGGUACACCAACUUCAAGAACGGUCGCUCCUUGUUGGAUGCUCCGGCUGUCGAGACUACGUAA